AUGACUACUGAAUCAAAGUAUAUUGUUCUCUUUGGAGAACCUGUAACAGAAGAUCAAAUAGCACAAUGUAUAAAGGACCUCGAAAGCCUUGGUGGAGUAGUGCUGGAGCGAUACACGCUCAUCAAGGGUUUCUCUGCGACGAUACCGCCUGACCAUGUCAACGACUUCCAGUCAGCCCAAGGGGACAUAAUCCAAUCCAUACAACCCGAUGGCACUGUCACCAUCCAACAGCCUAAUGAGCACUGA